UCACUUUGUCAAACCAGGCUCUUCUCCGAGCGGAAGUGCAAUAACGGAAGCGGAAGUGAGCACGCCGGAGACUGCGGGUCUGAAAUCAGGUUGACGCAUCUACAGACACUGACUGCUGUGCUCCUCUGGGUAGGCAAGGCUCGGGGAUCGGCCCACGGCCUCUGCAGCCCCACCCUACCCGGCGCUCCUUCCAGCCUUAAAUCCGCUAUCCCCGCCGUGACCACGCCCCUCCGCGCCCUGCGUCCUGGCCUCUCUGCAUCCUGGUUGCUCUGCGUCCUGGCUGUUUCCCCCGGGCUGAGGGGAGAGGCAGCCAUCCUCCUGCUGGAGCGGGGUAGAGGCCCUUACUGAGCCCAGCUGAGGACCAGCGAGGUAGAGUCUCAGACUCUAGUAGCGGCUGGAGAACUGGUACCUGGGAUUCAUAAAAUCCAAUUAUGGGUGUAAGAGGUUUGCAGGGGUUCGUGGGAAGUACCUGCCCACAUAUAUGUACAACAGUCAAUCUCCACGAGCUGGCAGAGAGUCACCGAAAAAAGUAUCCUGGAAGUACGCCCACCAUUGUGGUGGAUGCCAUGUGCUGUCUCCGAUACUGGUACACACCAGAGUCCUGGAUCUGCGGCGGCCAGUGGAGAGAGUACUAUUCGGCUUUGAGAGACUUCCUCGCAGCCUUCACCUCUGCUGGCAUCAAGCUGAUCUUCUUCUUUGAUGGCAUGGUGGAGCCGGGCAAGCGAGAUGAGUGGGUAAAGCGAAGACUUAAAAACAACAGGGAGAUAUCCAGGAUCUUCCACUAUAUCAAGUCAAAAAGAGACCAGCCAGGCAGAAACAUGUUCUUCAUCCCCUCCGGUCUGGCCAUAUUCACGCGGUUCGCCCUGAAGUCGUUGGGCCAGGAGACUUUCUGCUCAUUGCAGGAGGCAGACUACGAGGUGGCUUCUUACGGCCUCCAGCACAACUGCCUUGGGAUCCUUGGGGAAGACACUGACUACUUAAUUUAUGACACUUGCCCCUACUUGUCAAUUGGUGACCUCUGUCUGGAGAGUCUCCAAACCAUCCUGCUGUGUCGAAAGAAGCUCUGUGAGAGCCUGGGCCUCCGUGUGUCAGACCUCCCUCUGCUGGCCUGUCUCCUUGGCAAUGACAUCACUCCAGAGGGCAUGUUCGAAAGCUUCCGGUACAAGUGCUUGUCUUCCUAUGCUUCUGUGAAAGAGAAUGCAGGCAAAAAAGGAAAUAUUAUCCUAGCCGUCUCCGACUAUAUCUCCAAAGUUCUUCAUUUGUAUCAAGGUGAGAAGAAGAUCGAAGAGAUGCUACCCUUGGGGCCAAACAAAGCUCUCUUUUAUAAAGGAGUAACAUCGUACCUUUUGCCAGGGCAGAAAUCUCCAUGGUUAGUUCAAAAACCCAAAGGCAUAAUAACAGACAAGCAAGUGGCGAGUUUAAACCCCGGAUCCAAGCAAGAAGUCCCCAUGUGCAUAGAUCCUGAAUUCAAGCAAGAAGUUCCUGUGUGCACUAAUGCUGAGUCCAUGCAAGAAGUUCCCAUGUGUAUGGACCCUGAACCCAACCAGGAAGCUUCUGCGUGCAUGGAUCGCGAAUCCAAGCCAGAGGUUCCCAUGUGCACUGAUCCUGAAUCCAAGCCAGAGGUUCCCCUGUAUACGAACCCAGAGAGCAAGCAAAAGUCACCUGCAGAAAUAGACCCCAAGUGUAAUCUAGAAGCACUCACGUGUACAUACCCUGAAGUUAAACAAGAAGAUGCCAUGGAUAUGGAACCGGAAAUAAAGCAAGCAACCAUGGUUUCAGAGUCUGAAAUCUUAAAGGUUGCCAGGAUGCAUCAUGUCCACUCAGAAAGUUACCUAGUAUACAACAUUUUGAGCAGUGGAGAGAUAGAGUGUAGUAACACCCUGGAGGACGAGCUGGACCAAGCCCUCCCAAGCCAAGCCUUCAUCUACCGCCCAGUCCGGCAGCGGGUCUACUCACUCUUACUGGAGGACUGGAAAGACGGAGCCAGCACCGGCCCAGUGGUCAAGGAGUGGUUUGUGUAUCCUGGUAACUCCCUGAAGCACCCAGACCUAGUCAGGCCUCUGCAGAUGACCGUUCAAGGGGGAACGCCUAGCUUGGAAGUUUUGUGGCUGAGCCAAGAGCCAGCAGCCCAGGCCCGGCGCCUGGACACAUUGCUAGCCUGCUUCAACCUUUCCUCCUCAAGAGAAGAGCUGCAAUCCGUGGAGAGCCCGUUGAGAGCGCUGUGCUGCCUCCUGAUCUACCUGUUUGUCCAGGUGGACACCCUUUCCCUGGAAGAUCUGCAUGCAUUUAUCGCUCAGGCCUUGUGCCUCCAAGGAAAAUCAACCUCCCAGCUUAUGCACUUACAGCUGGAUUACAUCAACUCCAGAGCUGUGCAGCUGGGGUCCCUCCUUGUCCGUGGCCUCACCACAUUGGUACUAGUCAACAGUGCAUGUGGCUUCCCUUGGACAACCAGCGACUUUAUGCCCUGGAAUGUAUUUGAUGGCAAGCUUUUCCAUCAGAAGUACCUGCAGUCUGAAAAAGGAUAUGGCGUGGAGACUCUUUUGGAACAAAAUAGAUCAUGGCUCACCACGUUCCACAACCUGAAGUCAGUGGUCUGCAAGGCCUGCUCCAAGGAGAACCGACGCAUUGUAGGCAGGAUACAUUGGAACUCUCAUUACACAGGGAGGCAGGGGAGACAGAGCCACGGCUCCUACAGAUCAGGCUCCACACAUGGCCAUUCCGGGCAGUCAUGGCGAGACCAGGGUUCAGGUAAGAGGCUACCACAUCAGCCGUCACCUGCUUAUAGGUCCUGCAUCCCUUCACACUGUGUUUGUACUGAGGACCCUUUCCUGUGUUUCAAAACAAUUACAAUUAGAAAACAAAUCAAUAUGUUGGCAUUCCUAAUUCUUUGUUUAAUGGAAUAGACACAAAUAAUAAUGAUCUCGCUCGGUGGUAAGAUGUCUCUCCUUGACGCUUUGUUUUCUACUAAUUCAUUCAUCCCUUAAAAACUCAUUUUUUUUUUUUUUACCAUUUGUUCAAGGAUUUUUCGAAAGGUUGCUAAUAGAGGGCUCAGAUAGUAAUGUUCUGUUAUCUUGCAUGUCAUGGGUUACAUUUAUAAUGUUGGAAAUACAGCUUCUUAUAUGUCAUACAGAUGGAUUGAAAAUCACACUGUACUUUUUUAAAUAUGUAAUUGUUUACAUUUAAAUAUAUAGAGAACCUCUCCUCAGUAUUUACAUUCAAGUCCCUUAUACAUUUCAGAGCUAAACUAGGUAGUAGACUGAAAUUACCUAAGAUUUAUGGUUUUUGUCCUUUUAUGGAAGCACAAAUGUGAUUUUUUUACUUUUGCAAACUGGGCACAGCUUUACAUGUUGCUCAGAUUGCUGAGAAAGGAGCUCAUUGGGCUGUAGACAGCAGGUCAUGGGUACAGUGCCCGGGCUGUAGACAGCACGUGAGAAUGGAUAGUGAGCAAACGUCGAAGCUGCUGUGUAAUUUAGAAUAAUUCAGUUCCUUUGAGCACCUUUAAAAGAGUCCUCCCUGGAGAUG